UUUCUUUAUUCCACUACAAUUUCAGAUAAUGUUACCCAACCAGCUAAAACAGCUAGAUCUUACCAAAUAAAUAUAUUUGCUAUUGGAGUUACUGAUCAUGUUUCUCCUACAGAAUUAGAAUUAAUUGCUGGUUCACCAAAUAGAUGGUUCUUGGUAGAAGGAUUUAAAGAUUUAAAUACACGUUUGCGUUCUCUUGUUCAAAAAUUGGCAUGUCCAACGCCUCCACAUAUUCCAAAUCCUCCCAAUGGAUUAUGUAGUCCAGAUACACAAGAAGGUUGUGAUAGAACUUUGGGACAAAUUUGUCAACUUGUUGGAGGACAGUCAACCUACUUGCCAAUGCCCUGAUGACUUCCCUGCCCAUCCUAAAACAAAAAUUUGUGGUGGUGAUAUUUGUAAUCAAGAAGUAGCUACCACGUGUCCAAAUCCUGAAAUAUGUAGACGUACUCCUCUAGGAAAUUAUCGUUGUGUUUGUCCAACAGGAUUUGUGCGAGAAUCUCGUUCAGGCGUUUGUAUUUCUACUAAAGCCCAACCUAUGCCUCCUGCACCUCCAUGUUAUGGAGGGAAAAUAUUAAAUCCAAGAACUGCAAAAUGUCUUUCUCCUGGAGAAUGUGAUCCUUCAGAUGUUUAUUCUUGUGAUUUACGUAAACGAGAAAGGUGUUUACCCAACCAACAGCAAGUUGCCCCUGCUGAAGUUAGCAGUAAUGUAGAACAGACUUAUAAAAGGCAUAGAAAACGUAAUGAACCGACUUACGCAACAAGAGCCCCAAUUACCUACUCGUUGAGUGCUGAAUACACUUGCCAGUGUACAGCUGGGGAAAAACGACAUCCAAUCACUAAUGUUUGUUUGCGUAAUGAAUGUCUUCGAAAAGAGGAUAAUGAUUGCAAUGUAAAUGCCCAUUGUUAUGACACUGAUGAUAGUUAUUAUUGUGUUUAUAAAGCAGGUCGUGUCUGUGUCAAACCGCAAAGGUGCUCGGACGGUACUUCUCAUUGUUCACCAAAUGCAAUAUGUACAGACACAGAUUUUGGUAUUGAGUGCCGUUGUAAUCAAGGUUAUGUAGAUUUAUCGCCUAAUCGUCAACAUCAAUCAGGACUUGUUUGUGAAAAACAAAUUAAUGAAUGCGAUAAUAAUCCUUGUCCUCCAGGCACUAAUUGUAUAAACACAGUUGAUUCUUAUUAUUGUGCUUGUAAGCCUGGUUACACUGAUGUAGAUGCUUUAUAUAAUUCAAACAAUACUCAUCCAAAUUGUCAACCAAAUAAAGCUGAAACUCAAAUUGGCUGCCCCGUUCCAUCUGAUUGUGAUAGAUAUGCAACUUGUAUUCCUUUGGCUUCUGGAUAUACUUGCCAUUGCAAUACUGGUUUUGAUGACAAAUCUAAUGACAGUGGAAAAUUGCCUGGGAGAGUUUGUAUUCCUUUAAUUGUUCCUCCAAAAACUUGUGGUGGGCAGAUUUGCCGUUCUGAAUUGGGCGAGGUUUGCAUUGGAGAUACUUGUGAUUGUCCAGAAGGGCAAAAAAGAUCUGGACCUAAUGAGAAAUGUUAUCAAGUUGAUGCCUUUACUUGGCCAAUUUGGGUUAUUCGGAAAUACCACAAUCCCCUUCUCUGUAAUUCUUCAUUUUCCAAUUCUUCAGAUGAAUUAUCCAAAGAAUAUAGUGAUUCGUUUAAUGGAGGAAUUACUCAAAGUUUUGCUCAAAUACCUUUUAGUAAAUCUUUGGUUACUACAGAAGUAGCUAACUUGACUUGUCCUGAUCAGGGAAAUGGUAUUCUAUUCAAUACAAUAUUUUAUUUCCGUCAUGGUUCAUUACCAAAUCCACUUGGAGCAUUUAAUUCAUUAAUUAAUUGGAUAAAUAUACAAAAUGACCACCAAGUUGGAAGUAGUGGAUUAUAUUUAAAUCCCUACAAAGUUUGUGCUGCCAAAAUAGAAAAUUGUAAAAAUUGUGAAAAUUCCACUACAGGAUAUACUUGCAGGCAUUUUGAAAAGAAAAAAAUUGAAAAUAUUUUAAUUUUUAUAGUUGUCCUCCUGGAUUUGUUGAUGGAAAUGUAA